GAACAGAAGAAGAAGAAGGAGAUUUCAUUGCAGCGAAACAAGUUGAAGAAACGUAUGAAAAGUAGACGUCAGGUUUUAAUAUCCUACUAAACAAGAGUCUCAGAGAUCCUGUACCUGAUGUGAAACUACAGCCUGCAGGAUGAACAAACUGUCUUUGGGAGAAAAGUCCUCUUCAAAGAGAACUCCAGGAUGAACAGUUUUUCCUACAGCUCCCAGUUAGUCCAGUUCCAGGACUUUCUCCUCAGGGCUAACAAAUACAGAUGUCUGAAGAUGGCAGGUGAUGAAGCAGCCACAGACAGAAAGCUCAUACUGGUGGAGGAUUUUCCAAACCAGUUCUACAGGCAGCCCAGCAGCCUGCAUGAUGUUCUGAGGUGUUUUGUGAGAAGUGCUCAGUGUCCCCUGGUGUUUGUUGUGUCAGACUGUCCGAGUGGAGAUGGCAGAUUACGAUCUCUUUUUCCUAAAGAGAUCCAGAAGGAACUCUCUAUCAGCUGCAUCAGCUUUAAUCCAGUUCCUCAAUCAACAAUGAUGAAAGUUCUGAGCUGUAUUUUAUCCCAGGAGUCAGGAAAGAGUGGUGGAAGGACGUUGGCCGUCGACCGAACGGAGCUGGAAGCGCUGUGUUUAGGGAGUUCAGGGGAUUUACGUAGCGCCAUCAAUAGUCUCCAGUUUCUCUGUCGCCCAGUUUCAGACAGCUCUGCAGAGAACACGGGUAGGUUCGAUAAAAGGUCUGUGAUAUCGAACAACAGAGCUGUUGCUAGAGGAAACAAGAGGAUGAAAAAACUGAAACAAACGAAGGAACAGGAACAGCACCAGGCUAUCGGAGGGAAAGAUGCAUCUCUGUUCCUGUUCAGAGCACUGGGAAAGAUCCUGUAUUGUAAACGAGGCACUCCUGAAGCUGCUGAUGAAACCACCUCUUGCCCUGGGCCUGCCUUAUCGUGUCACCUCUCACAUUAUCACAGGGAACCAUUGCUGAUUAAUCCAGAGCUGGUUAUGGAGCGGUCACAGAUGUCUGCAGAGGUUUUCAGCCUGUACCUUCAUCAAAACUACCUGGACUUCUUCACUGAGAUAGAGGAUGUGGACAGAGCCAGCGAGUAUCUGUCUGAUGCUGACCUCCUUUCAGCUGAUUGGAUAAAUCGCAGCAUCCUGCAGCAAUAUGGAUCUUCAGUGGCCACCAGGGGCCUCCUUCACUCAAACUCACACCCGGUUUCUUCAGGAUUCAGACCCCUGCACAAACCCAGCUGGUUCCUUGUCAGCAGGAAGCACCGGGACAACUGUCAGGCUGCCCAGUCCCUGUUCAGGAGCUUCUGUCUUACACCAGUCAGUCUGCAGAUUCAGCUGCUGCCCUAUUUAGCUAAGCUUUCUAAUCCACUGAGGAACCAAGAACAGAUAACGUUUAUCCAGGAUGUGGGUCAGAUGUCACUAACCAGAUACCCUGAAAGGGACAGAUUGAAACUAGAGGCUAUAACAGACAAAGAGAUGCACCAACAGGAGGAGGAAGAAGAACAGGAGGAGAGUGAAGGAGAUAUGAAGGGUUUCCAGGCCAGUCAGCCCCAGUCUUCUACAAACCAGCUUCUGUUGAAGGAAGAUGAACUGAACAUAGAAGAAUACAGCAGCGACUGAUUCAAAAGGCUCUGCCACACACCCAUUCUUACUCUCUGAAUUCAACAUUUCACUUUGUCUGUUUGAGUUCUUUUUUUACAGUAAAUUAUGCUUUAAUACGUUGGAAGAUAUGAACUUGGUGAAACAAAGUUUGUCCUGAGUUAAAUGUGAAUUAAAAGGUUUUGUGAAAAAAA